GUUCAAUAUCUUAUCUCUAAUGGAGCUGAUAAAGAAGCAAAGAAUAAAUAUGGAUGGACUCCACUCAUUUUUGCAUCAGCUAAUGGUCAUCUUGAAGUUGUUCAAUAUCUUAUCUCUGUUGGUGCUGAUAAAGAAGCAAAGAGUAAUGAUGGAAAUACUCCACUCAUUUUUGCAUCAGCUAAUGGUCAUCUUGAAGUUGUUCAAUAUCUUAUCUCUAAUGGAGCUGAUAAAGAAGCAAAGGAUAAUCGGGAAAUGACUCCACUCAUUUGGGCAUCAAGAUAUUGUAAACUUGAAGUUGUUCAAUAUCUUAUCUCUAAUGGAGCUGAUAAAGAAGCAAAGAAUAAUAAUGGAUGGACUCCACUCAUUUGGGCAUCAAGAUAUGGUCAUCUUGAAGUUGUUCAAUAUUUAAUCUCUAAUGGAGCUGAUAAAGAAGCAAAGGAUAAAUAUGGAUAUACUCCACUCAUUUUUGCAUCAGUUACCGGUCAUCUUGAAGUUGUUCAAUAUCUUAUCUCUAAUGGAGCUAACAAAGAAGCAAAGGAUAAUGAUGGAUGGACUCCACUCAUUUGGGCAUCAAGAUAUGGUCAUCUUGAUGUUGUUAAAUAUCUUAUCUCUAAUGGAGCUGAUAAAGAAGCAAAGAAUAAUAAUGGAUCUACUCCACUCAUUUGUGCAUCAGAAGAAGGUCAUCUUGAAGUUGUUCAAUAUCUUAUCUCUAAUGGAGCUGAUAAAGAAGCAAAGAAUAAUGAUGGAAAAACGGCAUUAGAUCUUGCAACAGACAAUGUAAAAAAUUAUCUAAAAUCUUUAUGA